AUGAGCGAACUUGAGAAACUCACCAAAAAUUCGCUCCUCAAGCAUAUGAGCGACGAUCCUUGUGUCAUUUGCGGUAUCAGCGGUCAUGAUGCAUGGGAUGAAACAUGUCUCAGACGCACGUUACCUACGAAUACGCAAUCGCCACUCACCAAGAUCUAUGGUGCGUUGAAAGCUAACCUGGCUCGACUAACUAUCCUCAAAUAUUGCGACACCGAGAAGCCCUUGGAAAAACCUUCAGAGCCCACACCUGACGCUCAAGUUCCUGCACCGGUUGACCCAGAGACUCAAGCUCGUAUUGCAACGGACUCGGAAAAUCUCAUUCUGAAACCUAUUCUUGAGGGCGCUGGCAAAUCUAUCGACGGUCUCAGCAAGGUCCGCGACAUCACCGGAACAGAGCCUGUAGAGACACAUGCAGCCAACUCAGUUGCUCUAUCACAGACAGCCCUGCUUGGCCCAAGCAACAAGUUUACCCCCGAUACUGUCGUCAGCAAAGCAAAAACAGCCCAGUUCCCGCUCAGGAAGGAGUUUGCGCAGUCAAACACCGACGUUUUCACCAAUCAUUUCGAAGUGAACCUCAAGUCCGACACUAGAUUCUUCCUUUACGAAAUCCUCAAAAUCCCUGCCGGCAAAUCCAAACGUAAAGCCAAAUUUAUCUUCAAGACCAUGGAGCAAGCAUGGCCCAUCCUCAAGGACAACAAGCAGUACUACGCUACGGAUCGUGUCAAGACCAUCGUGGCCUGGAAGAACAUCCACGAAGCGAUUACCUACGCCCCUGUCAUCCCAGGAGAUCCAAAUACUCAUGCUGGUUCUGUGUGGAUGCCAGAUGCUAUCGCCGACGGAGGCGAGAAGAUUCAGCUGUUCAUCAAAUUCCAUCGUGAACUCGAUCUGGACGGAAUGUAUGCUUACAUCGACGCUAGCAGCGAGAACAGCGACCCAGACUUCAACUUCAAUCCUAUCGUCAACGCGCUGAACAUCGCUGUUACAAAAAGCUUUACUGCCAACGUAUUCCAACAGUCUAGUAACAAGUUCUUCGUCAAAUGUGGCUCCGAACGUCUGAGCGGCAACGCUAAUCUACAGUCAUUGUGCACAAUUCGAGGUUAUUACUACACAAUCAAGCCCGGUAUGCAGAAGGUUCUGUUGAACGUCAAUGCAGCGACCAGUGCAUUCUUUCGUCCUAUCACCGUUGGCGAGUUCCUGGCGGACACUACCUUUCCCUACGACGAACGAAUGCGGCUACUUAGAACACUCCGCGUCUACAUUGAACCCGAUCGCUUACCGGAUGCCUCUGAUCAAGAGCAUGUUGAUCAUCUCAACAAACCCCAGAAUCGGAUCAAGACCUUCUUUGACCUUGGCCCCUUACUGAAUGCUAAGGAGAUGAGCUUUCAAAAGACCUCCAAGAAUGAUCAAGGUCAGUGGGUCACAGAUCCUAAACGCACACGGGUUGUGGACCAUAUGAAGGCCAUCUUCGGACAAGGGUUCGACGAGAAACUGGAAUCAAUCAAUGUUGGUACGGAAGCUGAUCCAGUACAUUAUCCCCGCGAGUAUCUACGAAUCAUGCCGUAUCAGAUCUACAGCCGACUACUUCCAGAAAAUUUGGUAGAGGGUAUGUUGAACCACGCAACACAUCUGCCAAAAGAGAGUCGACGACUGGUUGAGAUUGAAGGAAUGGCUAGCCUGGGACUUGAUCCAACCCAGAAUCAGCAGGAACUACCCGGGUGUGAUAGAUUACUCGUCACGCCUACGAUGAUGCAGAUCCCUUCAGCGAAGAUGCCUUCACUGGACAUUAUCUACGGUGCAAACACCGCCAAUACGAAACCGAGUACGAACGCGCAGUGGAACCUCGAGACACUAAAGAACUUUGUCGACUCCCCAGCAGCCACAUCGACACCCAAGAAACGAGUCAACUAUCUGAUCUUGGUGGAAUCUGGCAUGCAUGAUGAGGAGAACACAAUCAAGACAUAUGAGAAAGCUCUGAGCGAUUUGCUCACGCAGUACAACGUAUGCGCUGGCGCGACUCGGCUGGCUUCUCGAAGAAUCCCUGGCAUGCGCGACAUGACUGACAAAGCUAUCCGCGAUGGCAUGAGAGCUACUAUCAAGGCCAUAAAGACAGACCACCCUCAAGUUGACUUCGCAGUCUUACUUCUCAAAAGCAGAAGCAUACCCAUCUACUCAGCGUUCAAGGACGUUACGGACCGCUACGAGUCUUUGCAGUCUCUCUGCCUCACCCAGGCGCCAAAUCUCGAAUACGAUCGCGAAACCAAAACAUCAAGAUGCAAGGAAGAUAUCACUCAGUACAUGGCCAACGUUAUGAUGAAAGUGAACCUCAAAUUCGGAGGUGGCAAUCAUACGGUGCAAGUCGACAACAACCCCAAAUCUCGCAUCUGCAACACAUUGAUCAUUGACUCGUUGGAAGCUAUGGUCCUCGAGCGUAUUCAAGCUUACAUGUCUGCUACCAAGACCCCGCCAAAGAAGGUUCUCUUCUACCGAGACGGUGUCAGCACUGGACAAUUUGCCAAAGUUCGCGACGACGAGUUGCAGCAGAUUAGAAACGCUUGCAAGCGUGCCGGUUGUGGCAAUGCCCUGAUCACCGUUGUAAUAGCCGUAAAGCGUCAUGCAACCCGCUUUUACCCAGCAACUUCUCUAGCCCACAAGAACGGUAACUGUAUGCCUGGUACGCUCGUCGAUCAAGUCGUCACUUCGCCGCAUUACUCAGACUUCUAUCUGCAGUCUCAUCACGGCCUCAAAGGAACCGCUAUCCCGACACAUUACAUGGUCAUCGCCAACGAAAUCGGAUACGGAGAUUGCGAAUUGCAGGAGCUCACGUACAAACUCUGCUACACAUAUGCUCGAGCAACUAUCGGUGUAUCCUACGCUCCGCCAGCGUACUAUGCUGACAGGCUCUGCGACCGAGGCCGAGCCUACCUUCGCGACUGGUUCAGCCCAAGUAAGGAUAGCGCACACUACGCGGCGUACCUUGCUAGCAGGCAAGCAAUUGAGACCAACAAGGCUCAAGAGCUGACAACUGCUAAGGCCGGGCUUCCUGCUGUUCCUGCACGCCCGGGUCGUAACGCGCCAAGGAAGUCGGCUGAUGAGAUUGAAGUAGAGCGUGCGCACGAGAAGAAGGUGGAAGCGCAGUUGGAGACAGAUAUCUUAGCUGAGGCGGUUACUGCCUGGGGUAAGGCUCGCACUGGAGGCCCCGGUCCGUGGGCUGAGGCGCUCGACAGAACGAUGUUCUGGAUGUGA